AUGGAUGACCCGGCACGAGAAGUGUCGAGCGUCAUAGAGAGCCUCCUCGCAGCACCAAGCCCUGACCGUCUCAACGAGACUCUACAGCAGUACUAUACCUCAGAUGCAGCCUUCGAGCAUCCUCUCUGUCGAGUAGCAUCACGUCCACAAUCUAUCAAGGCAAUCGCCAAUAUAUACCUAUGGUACCACACCAUCGCAGACGUCGUCAAGACCGACGUCAAAAGCGUCGCAUUUGAUGAGGCGAACAGCCGAUUAUACCUCGACGUGACUCGCAUUGUCAACCUACGCAUCACGCCGUUCAAGCCAGUUCGCCUACGCCUGAUCAUCGUCCUCAAUCUUGCCAAGGGACGCGACGGCAAGCUAAGGAUAAGGAAGCAGGAAGAUCUAUACCAGCCAGAGAGUCUCGCACUCUUCGGCUUGCCCGGCAGCUCAUCUCUCGUCCUCAUACUCAAGCACACAGCCACCUUUGCGUGCAAUGUUGCAGUCCAAUUGGCGAGGACGGUCGGCAUGUUCAGAUAG